AUGGAUCCUUCACCGGAAGAGAUCACAGCACUUGCAGCCCAGCUGAAUGAACUCGCAAAGAGCGUGGCCUCAGCUCAAGAUCCCAUGUCCCGAAAACAUCGCACGGCGGCAUUGGUGAUGCAAGCGAAACAGUUGAUCUGGCAGGCUCAGGAUCCUUUCGAUGCAAUUAUGGACCACGUGGUCAAUGGAUACACAAUCUCAGCAUGUCUUGCCUCUUCAAAACUCGGAAUCUUCGAAGCUGUUCCUCCGUCUGGCACAGCCACUGCGAAAGAAAUCGCCCAAAAAUGCGAUGCUGCUGAAGAGUUGAUAACUCGUCUUAUGCGCCAACUGACCUGUGUCAACAUAUUCAACGAAGUCCGCCUCGGGGAGUGGGCACACAACAGACUUUCUGUCAUGCACAGUGAACAUGUGGGGGCAAUGAGCGGCAAAUGGCUUUACAACGUCUCACUUGACGAAAUGAUGCCGGCAAUGUAUCGAUUGAACCAUUACCUCGAGUGCUAUGGCAACUACUCCCUCCUGAACACCUACACUGAAACUCCGCAUUCAUGGUAUUACGAUAUGGUCGGCAAGAACUUUUGGGAAGUUCUCAAUUCUUCUCACGACCGUAUCGAAAACUUUAUCCGAGGCCUUGCUCUAUUCGACGCCCUCCAUCCUGUGGUAGCUAUGUUUCCAUUUGAGGAGACCUUGCAGAAAGGAAAUUCGCCUGACCGUCCAUUGAUGGUCGAUGUCGGCGGUGGAAGAGGUCUUGCGUUGCUAGAAAUGAGAAAGGGAUGUCCCAGUCUUCAAGGCGAACUGAUUCUUCAAGACCGUCCAUAUGUACUGGAUGAUAUCACGCCUGAGGAUCUACCUGGAGUAACCAAGAUGGCACACGACUUCUUCGAGGAGCAGCCCGUCAAGAAUGCACAAAUGUACUAUAUUCGACGUGUCAUGCACGACUGGCAGGAUAAAGAUGCGGCACGAAUCAUGAAGGCCAUCGUUCCGGCCAUGGCACAAGACAGCCGUAUCAUCAUUUCCGACAUGGCGAUACCCGAGCCAGUCACGUCGAGAGAUGCUGGGGCAAUCUGGCUGGAUCUCAUGAUGAUGAGUAUUGGUGGGAAAGAGCGAACUGCUCGUGAUUGGAAGAAACUGGCAGAUUUGAGCGGAUUGAAACUCAUGCGAGUCUGGCAGGAACCCGAGAAGUUUGGUCCACUUUGUGUGGUCGAGUACAUGCUUCCAGAGGCCCAUGAAGCCCAGACUGUCGAUGCUGAGAUGGCUAACGAGACGAACGAGAACGAGGUGGCCACGCCGAAAAUGACUCCUGUCGAUGAAACAACAAUAGGGGCCACUGGUUCUGAGCCUAUGGAACCCAAAGACGUCGAUUGGGAGGAACGUACUGUCGUUGGCGAUCGUGAACAGAGCUUAGAGCCGGGGCAAACCUGA